AUGAAUCCAGUCGUGCUUUGCAGUGAGAGUCUGAAGGUGGUGAUUGACCCCAUGAACGGAUGCCGAGUUGAUGCGCUCGAGCUGCUUGGUCCUGAUGGUGAUUGGUAUCGUGUGAUGGGUGCAGGAGAAGCGUGCGUGGGGAGCUUCUUGAUGCUGCCUUGGACCAAUCGGAUCAAGGACGGGGUGUUCUCGUUUGAGGGGGGUCCGUAUAAGCUCGAGACGAAUCAUCCUGAUGGGACGGCGAUUCAUGGGGUCGGCCGAGACUUUGCGUGGUCGAUCGCGGAUCGCUCGCCGUAUUCGGCGCGGUUUAUGUUUGAUUCUCGACUGGAGGAUGAUGUGAACUGGCCGUUCCCUUUCGGCGCGGUGUUUCGGAUCGAGAUUGGAGAUGACUGGGUUGAGCUCGAUCUUGAUGUGACGAAUCUUGGUGAGGAGCGGAUGCCUUGUGGAGUUGGGCAUCAUCCAUACUUCAAUCGCACGCUUUGGGACCAAGGGGAUGAUCUGCAGGUGCGUGCGGGAGUCACAGGACGGUAUCCAUGCGUCAAUCAGAUCCCACAUAGCGCGAUGGUAGAUGAUGAUGUCUGUGCGAGUCUUCGCAGCGGCGGUGUGAUCGGGAAUCCGGAUCUGGAUGAUGUAUUCGGUGGCUUCGAUGGUCAAACGGAGCUUGUGUGGGACAAAAGCGGGAUCAAGUGCUCGAUGACAUGCAGCGAGGCGUAUUCGCAUCUGGUGGUGUUUACGCCGAGGGAUGGGGAUGCGGCUGGCGCUCCCCCACUGCCUUGGGUGUGUGUGGAGCCGGUGACGAUGGUCAAUGAUGCGCUCAACUCAGCGAGUAAUGACAGCGGUUUACGCGUGCUGAGUCCAAAUGAAACGCUCGCGACCAAAGUUCGCUUGCGAUUUGAUCGGAUUCUUUGCACGCGGGCAGCAAAGCUCAGGAGAACUCCCAUGAUCUCGAUGUCGUCUGUUUUUGUGCCUUCAGUGUGCGCGUUGUCGCUGCUCCCGAUCCUUGGUCAAGCGAUUGAAGACGCGGCGGAAGAUCUGAUUACCGAACUCGCACAAGAGAUCCGUGACAACUAUGUGUUUCCGGAGAUUGGUCAGCGGACAGCGGACUACCUGCUCAAACGCGAGAGCGAGGGGGCGUAUGAGGGGCUCGAUGAUCCGCAGCUCGCGAUGACGAUCACCCAGGACCUGCAGAGCUUUACGAGCGAUCGGCACUUCGCUAUCCGAUUGCUCCCUGAGGGCUGGCAGCAGCGAUCGGAAUCGGACAGCGAGGACCUCGCGGACCCAAGACCCAACACCACACCCAACGGGUUUAUGCGCGUCGAGCGGCUCGAUGGGAACAUCGGGUAUCUGGAUCUGGAUGGGUUCAUGCAGGUGGAGGCCGCGAGAGCGAACACGCACGCGGCGAUGCAGCUACUCAACGGAUCGAGCGCGCUGAUCUUUGAUCUUCGCGACAACGGAGGCGGCGAUCCGGAGACGGUGCAGCUCAUUACGAGUUAUCUUUUUGAUCCUGAUGAGCCGGUGCAUCUGAACUCGCUCUACUUCCGUCCGGCGGAUGAGACGACAGAGUUCUGGACUCAUGAUGAGAUCGAGGUUGCCAACGCGAUGCCUGAGGUUCCGGUGUAUGUGCUCACAAGCGGGUACACGUUCUCGGCGGCGGAGGAGUUCUCGUACAAUCUCCAGUGCCUGAAGCGUGGGACAAUCGUUGGCGAAACGACUGGGGGCGGGGCGCAUCCGGUGGAUGGGUUUGUCGUUGAGGAUCGGUUUGUGGUCAACAUCCCGGUGGGGCGCGCGAUCAAUCCGAUCACCAAGACCAACUGGGAGGGGACUGGGGUGAAGCCUGAUAUCGAGAUCGAAUCCGAUCGCGCUCUGGAUCGAGCGAUGUUCGAGAUUCUGGAGACGCUCGCGGAGACUGGGGAUGAAUCGGCACGCUGGGGGCUGAUCAAUCUGCAGAGCCGACUGAAUCCGCUUGAGCUCUCGGCGGAUGAGCUUGCGGAAUACGCGGGUCAGUACACGGAUCGUGAGCUGAUGAUGGAGGGGGAUGAGCUGAUGUAUCGACGCAAGGGGCGUCCGAGUUGGAGCCGACUGAUCGCGGUUGGUGAGGAUCAGUUUGUGAUUGAUGGGUUCGAUGGGUUCAUGAUGACCUUCGAACGCAACCGCAACGGUGAGAUCACGCGGAUCGUGGGUUCGUAUGUGCAGGGGCACACGGACAGCUCGGACAAACGCACGCACUGGGACGGGGUGAAGAACCCCACGGCGCUGAUGCACAUGCGCACCGCGAAGAAAGGCGACGAGGCGUUUAUCUACCACACGGGCAAAGAGAAACGCAUCGCGGGGCUCGCGAUCAUCGUGACGGAUGUCUAUGAAGAUCCGGAGAAUCCGGGAUUGACGAAGAAGGGCGAGCUCAAGGGGCCUUUGUUUGAUCUGACUCCGGUGAAGGCAGCGACCAAGGUGUUGACACUCAAGGACAUCAAGGAUGAUGGUCGCUUUGAUGACUUUGAUCUGGUGAAGCUGUCGCGGCUCAGCGCGAUGCCGGUGCCUCCGAAGCUUGAUAAGCUGCUCCGCAAGAUGUGUCAUCGCGUCGAACGAAUCGAUCACGGCGAACAUGCGUGCUCCGAUGGGGAUGUCUUCUUCUUUGAGUCCGAAGGGGUAUCCGAGGCCGUCCCAUCGUUCGUGGUGGUAGCGGACGAGGUUGAGGAUGGGUUCUUCGGUGACGUCGAGGUCGAUCAUGCGCGCGUAACCCGUGACGGGGUGGUACUUGAUGAUCUCGAACUCUUCGUCGGUGAGCUUGCCUGGUUUCUGGAGGAUCUCGUCUGGGAGGUCGAGCUUCCCGAUGUCAUGGAGAGCCGCGGCUUGGGUGACGAGGGCGAUCAUGUCCUGAUCGUGUCCGAACUCUUCGAGCAUGGCGCGGGUGUAGAGCACAACGCGCCAGGUGUGGGCGGCGGUGGAGAGAUCCUUGCGCUCGAUCUGCUGGAGAAGGUAGCUCGAGCGGACGAGUGGUCCCGAGACGACGAGCUUGAUGCCUUUGGAUUCGCCGACGGCUUUGUACUCAGCGAACUCGUCGGGGUGGACCCAGCGGUCGAUCGGGAGGUGGUUGCGGGUCGGCUGGAGGUACUGACCGAUCGUGAUGAUGUCGCACGCGUCGCCUCGCGAUUGGUCGUCCUUGUCGCGUGGUCCGGAGUGGUCCGCGGUCAUCGCGACGAGGUCGUCGAAGAGCUCGAAGACUUCUUCUUUGCGUUCACCGAUCCCGACCAUGAUGCCGGUUUUGGCGACGGCGCCUUGUGCUUUGACGCGCUUGAGCAGUUCCAUCGUGCGUUCGUAUCGCGCGCUUGGGCGCACGGCGGGGUGACAGCGGCGGACGGUUUCGAGGUUGUGCGCGAUGAUGUUGGGCUGCGCGUCGAUGACCAUUUGCAGCGCGGCUUCGUCGCCUUUGAAGUCUCCGAUGAGGACCUCGAUGGACAUGUCGGGGCAGGCUUCGCGCGUGCGCAUGAUCGUCUCGGCCCAGAUCCCGGCUCCGCCAUCGGGGACAUCGUCGCGAUCGACGGAGGUGAUGACGAUGUGCUUGAGUCCGGCGCCUCUCAGGGACUCUGCGACUCGGCGGGGUUCGUCUUUGUCGAUCGGGAGUGGUUUGCCUGUCUUGACAUUGCAGAAUCCACAGGCGCGUGUGCAGGUGUCUCCGAGGAUCAUGAUGGUCGCGAUCCCGCGCGCCCAGCACUCUCCCAUGUUGGGACACGCGGCUUCUUCGCACACAGUGUGGAGUUUGUGCGAGUCGAUGUUCGCUUUGGUGGCGCGGAAGUUCUCGCCGCCUGGGAGUUUGGCUUUGAGCCAGCUCGGUUUCUUUUUGACGCUCAGGUGAUGGACGGCGUCGUCCUCGUUGUUGAGGAUCAUGGAGCUCAGCGACACAGUCGGACGGAGGGUGCGGAUGGGGUCGCCUCCGAGGGGGCGAGGGUGACGGGCAAGCGUGCGAGAAUGCCCGGCAUUGGAGGGUUUUUGGGUCGCGGGCGACUCGUGGGUUUUUGA